AUGAGUAAGAACUGGAAAUUCGUUCGAUUAAGGCUUCAAAUGCGUUUUCUCGUGUUUAUUCUGGUGAUUUUGAGCUCCGGUUCGUGUUAUUCGUUAAAUUUUGAAGGUGUGAUUUUUCUGAAAUUUAAAGAAAUAGUGAUGAAAGAUCUGUGGACUGAUAGAGAUGCUGGGGAUUUGAGAACUGUUAGCCUUCAUAGGAAGUUACUUGGUCGUUUCCAUAACCCGUACACCAAUUUGACUGGGUACAAGGACCGCUCUGUGGCAACUGCUACACCUCGGUCAUCUUCGGUUCCUUCUCAGAGACCUAAUGCAAGUAAAUCCUCAGCAUUGCCUCCGCUACAAAAAAGUUCUCCGGCGCUACAUGCCUCUGCUCCACCUCCUUUUGUGCCCCUUUCAAAUUUUCCUAGUCUAAGAAGAAGCUCCACGGCUUCUAAAAAGAGCAUGGUUCCGAUAGUAGCUAGCUGCAUAGGCGGUGCUGUGUUUAUUCUCCUUUUAGCUACUGGUGUUUUCUUCUUCAGAAGUAAGGCAGGGAAGUCUGUGAAUCCUUGGCGUACAGGUCUUAGUGGACAACUUCAGAAAGUGUUUAUAACUGGUGUCCCCAAACUCAAAAGAUCUGAGAUCGAAGCUGCUUGUGAAGAUUUCAGUAAUGUCAUUGGAUCUUGCCCCAUUGGUACAUUGUUCAAAGGGACACUAUCGAGUGGGGUGGAGAUCGCGGUGGCUUCUGUUGCUACUGCGUCUGCUAAAGAAUGGACAAAUAACAUAGAAAUGCAGUUCAGGAAGAAGAUUGAAAUGUUAUCCAAGAUAAACCACAAGAAUUUUGUCAACCUCCUUGGCUACUGUGAAGAAGAUGAACCUUUCACUAGGAUCUUGGUCUUUGAAUAUGCAUCAAAUGGAUCAGUCUUUGAACAUUUACACUAUAAAGACUCAGAACACUUGGACUGGGUAAUGCGGCUAAGAAUAGCAAUGGGCGUAGCAUAUUGCCUUGACCACAUGCACGGGCUCAAGCCACCUAUAGUCCAUAGCAACCUUCUCUCGUCAUCGGUUCACCUCACAGAGGAUUACGCAGUCAAAAUUGCAGAUUUCAAUUUUGGUUACCUAAAAGGCCCAUCCGAGACAGAAAGCAGCACCAAUGCACUUAUAGACACGCACAUCUCAGUCACAACCCAAGAAGACAACGUUCACAGCUUUGGUUUGCUGUUGUUCGAAUUGAUGACCGGAAAACUCCCAGAGUCAGUUAAAAAAGGCGACUCGGUAGAUACCGGAUUGGCUGAUUUCUUGAGAGGAAAGACGCUAAGGGAGAUGGUGGAUCCGACUCUGGAAUGCUUUGAUGACAAGAUCGAGAAUAUAAGCGAAGUGAUCAAAAGCUGUGUAAGGGCAGACCCGAAACAGAGACCAACAAUGAGGGAAGUGACUGGGAGAUUAAGAGAGAUCACGGGAUUAUCACCGGAUGAUGCCAUCCCGAAACUUUCGGCUCUCUGGUGGGCAGAGCUGGAAGUAAUGUCCACUGCGUGA